UGGGCUUGGGGGGUUGGCUGCCCUGACCCCCUGAGUGGCCCUGGUAUUCCAGUCUGACCUGCCUGCCCUCCAUCAUGCGCUGGGUGCUGGGGGGCUGCCUCCGCUUUGUUCCCAGACCCCAAGCCCUGCACCCUGAACCUUGUCCCCUGACCCCGACUGCUCCCAGGGUCUCCCAGCUGCCUCUCCACUGAUGUGCUUCCCUCCGUCCCAGCAGCCAGAGCAGCUGAGUCCCACGUCAGCACCAGGGAGGGCUGCUUUCUGCCACCCACAGACCUGGCCUUGAGGCUGCUCCCAAGCCAAUGAACCCCAUGAACCCCAUGAAACCUGCCCUGCCCUCCGCGCCACACAGUGAUGGUCCCUUCGCUUAUGAGGCGGUGCCCUGGCAGCAGAGCGCCGCUCAGCCCGCAGGAUCGCUGUCCGUGGUCACGACCGUGUGGGGAGUGGGCAACGCGGCACAGAGCCAGGUUUUGGGGAGCCCCAUGGGUCCUGCAGGGAGCCCCCCUGGCAGCUCCAUGAUGCCGGGCAUGGCCGGUGGCAGCUCGGCGCUGAGCUCCCCACAGUGCCUGGCACAGCCCGGGUGAGCAGGACCCCGGGAAGGGGACGUAGGUCUGUGUGGCCCAAGGGUGGGAGGGCCGUCGGUGGGAGGCCCUUCUGAGCCACCAGUCUCUUGCAGGUAUGCUGGGGGCGCUGGGGGCCUGGGCCUCCCCUCCCAUGCCACCCGGCCCUCCACAGACUUCACUCAAGCAGCAGCAGCUGCUGCCAUGGCUGCUGCCGCCGCCACCGCCACCGCCACGGCCACAGCCACGGUGGCCGCCCUUCAGGAGAAGCAGAGCCAGGAGCUGAGCCAGUACGGAGCGAUGGGGACCGGACAGUCUUUUAACAGCCAGUUCCUGCAGCACGGAGGCCCCCGGGGGCCCAGCGUUCCCAGCAGCAUGAACCCCGCCAGCGUGGGAGGGCUGAUGGGCCCCUCUGGCAUGAGCCCCCUGGGCAUGACCCCCACCCGGGCGGUGGGCAUGGCGCCCCUGUAUGCAGGGCAGCGCCUGCCCCAGCACGGGUACCCGGGGGCUCUCCAGGCCCAGCCGCUGCCCCGACAAGGAGUCAAGAGAGCCUACUCCAGUGAGGUGUAUCCAGGGCAGCAGUACCUGCCGGGAGGCCAGUACUCACCCAGCACCACCCAGUAUGCCCCAGGGCAGCCCCCUGCCCCCUCUUCCUUCCCUGGCCACAGGCUGCCCCUGCCCACCUCCGGCCCCCCAGGACUGCACUACAAGCCCACAGAGCAGUUCAACGGGCAAGGCGCCAGCUUCAGCGCAGGGAGCAUCGGCUACGGCCAGCCGGGCCUGAGUGGGCCCACCCGUUCCGUCCCUGGCUACCCCAGCUCCCCACUGCCAGGGAGCCCCACGCCACCCAUGACCCCCGGCAGCAGCGUCCCCUACCUGUCCACCAGCCAGGACGUGAAGUCCCCCUUCCUGCCUGACCUCAAGCCCAGCGUGAGCUCCUUGCACCCGUCACCCCCUGGUGAGUGUCGCCUGGUCCGGGGACAGGGAGGGACAGGGCCCCUGCAGGUCGCCCCUCCUGGCUCAGAGCCCUGUGGUUGGUUUCCUAUAGCCCUGCUGGGUUUCAUGCGAUACGGUCUGCAUGACACAUGGGGCUGCAUUGAGUUCGGGAGGCGUGGCCUGGCGAGGUGUCGUGGAGGCCACGGGCAGCCCCCUGGCAGAGCCGCCCUGAGCCCCGCGUCACCCCGCCCCACCCCCAGGUCUGACCUGGAGCUGCAGUUCAAGUGCUACCACCACGAGGACCGGCAGAUGAACACCAACUGGCCGGCCUCGGUGCAGGUCAGCGUCAACGCCACGCCGCUCACCAUCGAACGCGGCGACAACAAGACCUCCCACAAGCCCCUGUACCUGAAGCACGUGUGCCAGCCCGGCCGCAACACCAUCCAGAUCACCGUCACGGCCUGCUGCUGCUCCCACCUGUUCGUGCUGCAGCUGGUGCACCGCCCGGCCGUCCGCUCCGUGCUGCAGGGCCUCCUCAAGAAGCGGCUGCUGCCCGCCGAGCACUGCAUCACCAAGAUAAAGCGGAACUUCAGCAGCGGCACCAUCCCCGGCACCCCUGGGCCCAACGGAGAGGACGGGGUGGAGCAGACGGCCAUCAAGGUGUCCCUCAAGUGCCCCAUCACCUUCCGCCGGAUCCAGCUCCCCGCCCGCGGCCACGACUGUCGCCACAUUCAGUGCUUCGACCUGGAGUCCUACCUGCAGCUCAACUGUGAGCGGGGGACCUGGCGGUGCCCCGUGUGCAACAAGACGGCCCUGCUGGAGGGCCUGGAGGUGGACCAGUACAUGCUGGGCAUCCUCAUCUACAUUCAGAACCCCAGCCAGGGCUCCAGCUUCCUGGGACCCGGGACCUUCCCCGACUCCUUCCCGUCCACCACACCCAGCACGCCGACCCUUCCCGAGUUCACCCCAGGGCCGCCCCCCGCCUCCUACCAAUCGGACAUUCCCAGCAGCCUCCUGACCCCGGAGAAGUCCACGUCCAGCCUCCCAGGCCAGAUGGUACCUGCAGGUCACCUGGAUCCGGUUCACACCCCUGGGCCAGCCGCACUGCACACCCCCAACCUGGGAGGCCCCCCAGGCCCCCAGCUGCACCACCUGGCCUUCCACGCUGCCACAGGCGUAGUGGGGCCCCCCAUGUCUGGGGCGGGGGAGGCCCCAGAACCGUCAGCCCUGGACGUGAGUACGGUGCUGCUGGGGAGUGGGGAGCCUGGCUGGGAGCUAGUAAAAGAAACUCAAGUUCAGCAUGAAAAAAACGAGAGCAGCUCAAAGCAGAAAAUCCUGGGGACUGGGGUGCCCUCGCCACACGUGCGCUCCCCGGAGCCGGGAGCCUCCACACCUGAGGGGGUGCUGUGUGUCCCGUGUUGGCCUCGGGCAGCGUGUCACUGAUUCUUCCGCACAGACGGUGCCGGGGAGGGGUCCCCACAUCCCGCCUCCCGACCGGGCCGGGUUU